AUGGUCAUUAAACUUUUUCUAGCGUUAGCUUUCUUGUUGAAAACAGUAGACAGCGCUGAGAAAGUUUGUGACAAAAAAGCAGACGUCGCUAUCUUACUGGAUGCCUCGGGGAGCAUYGGGAAGAAAAAUUGGCCAUUUGUAAGAGGUUUUGCAGAAAGGCUUGUCAGUAACUUCCAAGUCUCCCCAGAUGGAARUCAUGUAGCACUCAUCGUUUAUGACACGAAUAAUCAAAUCGUGAUGAAUUUUAACAGCCUUCAAGGCUCAUCCCUAACUGCUGACAACAUCAAUAAAARGAUUUCCGAAAUAGAUUACCAGCAAUGGAAGAAAAAAACAUUUAUAGAUCGAGCCCUUGAUGUUGCUAACAGGGAGAUUUUCGUCCCUAAAGCUGGCAUGAGAGAUAAAACGGUUCCAAAGCUUCUUAUUGUUUUUACUGACGGCAAGCAAACGAGAAACGAUGGGCCUUACACACCGCUUAGUGAAGCUUCACAGCCAAUAAAAGACAAAGACGUGAAAAUCUUUGCAGUUGGUGUGGCUUCUGCUAGUCGAGUUGAAUUGCGAGAAAUAGCCAGUAGUUACGACGAUAUAUUUAUUGUGAAAUCAUUCAGCGAACUGGAUUAUGCUGCGAACAAAGUUCUGAGGGUUGCAUGCAAGAAACCGUUGCGAGUGGUUGCUACGGCAUGGAGGUCCUAAAUGGUAACACAUGAUAUGCGAGUUAGGUAGACAUCAACGUGUCUUACUUCAGUUUUUCAGAUUGUUUUUUUCCACAGCUAUCAGCUGGUGCCUGACGUAUAAUAUGCAGAUAAACUCCUGACAAUACUGAUGUACAGCCUUUAGCGAAAUCAGCAUUUUGUCACAGUCUUGAUCAUUAAACAUCGCCGCCAAAUUUAAACACAAUCAUUCUAAUAACGUUKUCACGACAGUUCGUGACGAUAUACCAAUGGUUGUUGUGUAAUUUAAACAUAUGAAAAAUACUAAAAAGUUUAACUGAGUUAUCAGGCAACUGYGACUAAAAAUCCCCUUACUUUACAAUGCCUACCAACUAAAUGAACACAAGAGCACUACUAUCCCAAGUCUAUUUUUAUUCCAUUUUAUCCCAAUUAUUUGAUAUGUCCCGGAUAUUUUAUACCAAUAGGAUAGGGCUUCAGGUGAUCUUAGCCCUUAUCUUGGUGGUGUGUGUGGUGGUAGUGGCGGGAAACUAGGUGGCAAAA